AUGGAAAAGAUAAACUCUACCAUCCUGAAGACGGCUCUAGAAGCCAUUCCUAAACUAACCGCUGACAACUACACCUUGUGGAAAAAUCUUGUCGAUAACAUGCUCGACAUUCAAAAUCUUCGAGAAGCUCUCACUUCGGAGAACGGAACUCUUACUGACACUCAAGACGUUCAACUCCGGACUAUCAUCACCUCCAAAAUUGAUAAAAAUACAUAA